AUGUCCGAAUCAGUCUGCAGCACUAUGGUGGACCCAGUCCCGAAGAGGGAAUACUCCCCUGUAUUUUUACGAUGUCGCUCUAUUGCGUUUGGUGGAAUUUGUUUCUUCAGCUUUCUGUGGAUCAUUCUCCUCUGUAUCCUGGUCUUUCUCGAUUGGGAGUCGCUCGAUCGCCCCCAGCAAUCGUUUAUUGUUGCCAUGCUAAUCUCACAUACGCUUACCAUUAUCAUGCUUGUAUUUCUGAUUGUGCGAGAGUUCCGUGAAUGGCUGGACGGCGCUCGUUGUUUUCUUGGAUUAAUUGUACAUUUUGGUAUAGCUGGCGCGUAUGCCUACUGGAGUCCUAGGUUUCAAUGCCUUGACGCGGGUCCCGACGGUGGACUGUGCAGGACGCGCAUUGUCCUCAUCCUGACCUCUAGCUGGCUGAUCCCUGCCUUGCUGUCUAUUUACACUGCAUGCCUGGGUGUCGUGUCAUACCAUCUUCGCAGUCGAGAAAAUCUCGGGGCUGUCCUUCAGCACGAGAAAGAUCUCGAGAAGCACUCCCUCGACCAGAAAUGGCCCCUUCCUUCUCCCCAUCCUUCGAGCUUUUGCGCACCUCCAAUGUCACCGGACGCUGUGAAGUCGAUGCGCCGAUCUCGCUGCUCUGCAUCUCAGCCGUCCUUGUAUUCUCAACCGUCGGUGUAUUCCAUGCCCCCGUCGACUUAUUUGCAUUACGGAUUCCCUCCGCCACCGGAAGCAGCUCCCAGUCGACCUGCUUCCAUGCAACAUUACGCCCAUGCCGCUGUGAUUCAGCGGCAAUCUCUGGCCGUUCCCAACGGUCUUCGAUUCUCACAAAAUCCUCAGCUGCAACCCCCCUCGAAUAUCACGCGCCACCACCUACCUUCAAGCCAUCGGGAUUCGCGCCAACGAAUGGCUUUGCCGCAAAACAAGCCUACACCGCCACCGCUGAACCUCCAAUCCAUCGGCAACUACCAGCGCAAUCUACACUAUUCCCUUUUAUUCCAGCAAGGGCCGAGGACACCAGUGACUGCCCAAGCGAGCCCAGUAAUCGGCGUUCCCCAGGAAUUUAUCCCGCCCUUGCCUUCCCCUUGGAGAAACCAACGACACCAAAGCCAGCAGAUUUCUCCCAGCUCCCUCGAAUAUUUGAAAGACUCUCCGUCGAGUAGCCCCCGUUCGUCUGCUCGUCUGUCCAAACCUUCAAGAGCGAGCAGGAUGCCAUCACUCUAA